AUGAGUACCAGCUCCACCGCGUCGGCGCAGCAUCAACAGCAGCAGAUUCCACUCCCACCACCGAAGCAGAUCCGAUUUGUGAACAAUGAGGGCCAGCCGCCUGCCAAGCGGAGGAGGAUAAAUGCUGCAUGCCGAACGUGUCGCAAACGGAAAACGAGAUGUGACGGCAAGAGACCGCUCUGCUCGACUUGCACGGAAAACGGGCACGACUGUCUGGGUUAUGCUGAUGCGCCGGAGGGAGUGCUGAAGAAGGAGCGCAAGUCUGAGGAUCUUUCGUCGAGGCGGAUCGAGGAUUAUGAUGAUGGGUAUGAUGAGGACGAUAAGAGCUCGGAGGGGACGACGAAGAUUGAGCCUGGGACUGUGUCGAGACAUCAUCCGAACCGGGCGAGUCUUAAUGGGAGUCCGGAUUUGAGGCGGGUGGAGAGUAAUGGGCAGAGUUAUUUCGAUGCGAAUGCGACACCGAGGAGGAAUACCGCAGAUAGUGCAAGAAGGACGGCUUCGUUCGAUAAGUACAGGGAGAGUGCUGUGUUCUCUGAUGAUGGGCCAAGUCCAUUGGAAAGGACGCCGCCAUUGCAUACGGAAAGUCAUAGGGUACCGUACUUCAGAUACUUUGGUCCAACUGCGAUUGUGCCAGGGUUCAAACAGAUGGUCGUUUCUGUGAGAGAGCAUCGGAGGAGUACUGGCGCUGGCUCUGCUGUAGCUCUCUCUCCUGGGUCGGAUGGACUUGGACGAUCUGGUUCUGUAUAUGGGGGCACGCCAUCACAAGCUGGGACAGAACCAAGGUCCUCAAUCGAUAUGCCAAUAUAUGAUCCAACGGACCCAUCGCCUGUCAACAAGUUGAUUAUCCACCUAAUCGAGACGUUCUUUGCACAUUUGGGCUCCAAUUACCCUUUCUUGCGCCGCAAAAGCUUCAUGCAGAGGGUAGAGGAGAAGUCGGCUGAACCAAUUCUCGUGGAUGCUGUUUGUGGCUUGGCUGCUCGAUUCUCUGAUCAUUCACUCCUCGCUCAGUCUCACGACCCUCCAUAUCCAAAAUCUGAAUACGGCCAUAUCUAUGCUCAGAGAGCGAAAGCAGCAGUUGUUGAUACGUUUCCAUGUCCAACAGUCGCAGCUGUUCAGGCAUGUCUGUUACUUGCUUAUGAAGGCUUCGGCGCGAACCAAGACAGCGCAUUGUGGAUGUAUCUUGGAUGUGCCAUCCGUAUGGCCGUGGAUCUAGGUCUACAAAAGCUUGAUGGGGUUAAGCACCAAGGGCAGAAAGAUCCAGGCUAUCGGAGGUCAAGCAACGAUAUGAUACAGUCGAAUCCUCCCUCAACAAUCACAGCUCAAGAGAAGAAGGAAAUCGAGCAAGAGCGGAUCGACACUCUUUGGGCAGUCUUCAUGUUGGAUAGAGUCAUCUCGUCUGGCACUGGUCGGCCAGUUACGCUGAGAGAUGAGGACUUCGAGUUGACGUUCCCAGAGAUCACUGCAAACCCAGAUAGCGGCUGGCCGAACCCAUUUCCAGCUCUGAUCCAGAUAAUCCACCUUUAUGGUCGAGUAUCUGAUCUGUUGAACAAUAUCAGGGAUGUUCAAGAUGUCACGCCGAAGAAAAUUGAGGGGUUGUCGGGAAUGGAAAAGGACUUGACACAACUUUACCAGAAGUUGGAUCACAGGUUGACGUUCAAUGCGGCCAACUUUCAGCAUUAUGUCAAGUCCGGAGAAGGGACAAACUUUAUUCUUGUUCAUUUCUGGUUCCACACACUCAUCAUGCUUCUGCAUCAACCAACCCUGAUGCACUCUUUCGAAGGCCAGAUACUGUCCUUGUUACCCAACAGUCGCGAACUGAGCAUGUCGUCGGCCAAAACUAUUGCCGAUAUACUAGCCUUUGCGGAAUUGAUUGACCCCAGAAGUUUCAUCGGCAAUCCAUUUACCAGUCAGCCCAUGUAUAUAGCAGCAUGUGCCUUUUUGAUGGAAUCGGCCGCCCAUACGUCGUCGCAGCCAACUUCAAGGGAUGCCAGCCCUCCACGAUCGGGCAACAGUCGCACUCCGGUGAAAGAUACGAAAGCAACCCAGAAAAUGAAUGAGCAGAAGCAGAAACAUACUCUUCUUGCCUCAGCGGCAAAUCAGAAUUAUCAGCGUUGUUACAAGGCAUUACAACAACUGGAAACAUACUGGGCUGGAACGAGGUAUAUACUUGUUGCUCUCGAUCAGAAAGCGAAAGGCAUCUGGGAUCCAGAAACCUAUACCGAGCAAGAAUACGAAAGCACAAAGAUCCGACACGAGAUGAUUCCUGGUUGGCAAGGAAAAUUGUCGAUGGCAGCGCCAUCUCCACGUCUAGCAGAUCUACGCUCACCAAGAAUGGAUAAUCUGCCCGGUUCUCCUGCUAUCGACCCCACUACAGCCAUUGGAUGGUCAUUGACUGGCACCACGAAUUCUCCAAGCUCAAAUCUAACGUUCAUGUAUCAAAACAUGACUGAAGCGGCACAACCUCCACCUCCUGCUGCCCCGUCUCCCGGAAACAUGAUCUACGAUCCCAUAAGGCAAAGUCUCCCCGAAGCACCAGCGGCCUCCACAUCCACAUCUCAUUACUCUCGCUACGGCUACCAACCCCGCCGCCAGCACUCCCAACCAAUGCCACCUCCCGCUCCCAAAUUCUCCUCCAUAGCCGCAGACGCCGCCUCGACCUCCGACGCGGAAAUGCUCCUCGGCCUCCAAAACACAGCUUACUCCCACGCAACGCCCGGCUCACACCACUCCUACGAACACGCCGCUAGCCAAAGCAUGACUUCUCCCUCCAGUACCCGACAACAAGAUUCCUCAACCAAUCCCUACGACUUCCAACCCCAAGGCAACACACCAGGCGUCUAUCCCAACUCAACGAGUUACCUAAGCAUGGGCGGCGUCGGCGAUAUGAUGAUGGAGAGUCAGGAGAUCGAUAUGUCGACCCUGGGUGGCGAUAUGAUGCCCUGGCUGGAAUACCUCCCGCAUGACGUGUUGAAUUUCUUUGAUAAUAACGGGAAUGUGGGGCAGGCGGGCAUGAGUAGUAAUGUGGAUUUAGGGAUGGGGAGGAAUAAUGGGUGA